AUGCGACAGAACAUGAAGGCCAUUGAGUUCACCGAGAAGAAUCACGCCGUCGCUGCCGACGGCGAGGUCGUGGUUCCCCCCCAGCACAACAGCCUGCCCAAGUUCUUCGCCAAGAACGGCUUUGCAGGCGCUGACCCUACCAAGAUCAAGAAGAAUGGCGGAGGCAAGGGUAACUGGGGUGAGCCCGGUGAGGAGAUCGUCGACAUGCCCGACUUCAACUACAACUUCACCCACUCACGUCGCCGCUCCAACAGUAGCGGCGGCUUCUCCAGCCACCUGGACAUGAGAUCCAAGUUCGAGGUCAACGACGUCGAGCCCGUCUUUGAAGAGACCCUGCACGGUCCGACGGGCGAGGACGACGACCACCUCACCAAGACCGACACCGCCUCGAGCUCCGGCAGCUCCGUGGACGAGAAGGAUCACAAGAACAUCUAA